CAAGCCGACGCGAAACGAGCGCUCGAUGAACGUGGCUACCAAGGCGUCCUCAUACGCGGCGACAACCCGCUGAAACUCUUCGAAAAGCCUGUCCGCGACCGCAUCGUGGACUCCUACUACUGGAAAGAACAAUGCUUCGGUCUCAACGCCGCAACACUCCUUGACCGUGCUGUUGAGCUUACCUUCAUCGGUGGCACGUACGGUGUAGCGCAAAAGCCAACGCCGUUUCUUUGCCUGGCGUUCAAAUUGCUCCAACUCACGCCCGAACGAGAAAUCAUCAUGUUCUACUUGGAGAAGGGAGGGGAGGAAUACAAAUACCUGCGAGCACUCGCGGCAUUCUACAUUCGCAUUGCGUGGGAGAAAGAUGAGGAGGUCUAUACUACGCUGGAGCCGUAUCUCGCAGAUUCGAGGAAGCUUAAGCGGCGGACGAGAGAAGGAUGGGCGCUGACGCAUGUGGACGAGUUUAUCGACGACCUUCUUACAAAGAGCAGAGUCUGUGCGACAACGCUGCCAAAGAUCAAUCCCAGACUGUGGUUGGAAGAUGAGGAUCGCAUUGAGCCGCGGGAAAGUGCGCUUGGUGAAGAGCUGGAGGAAUUGGAUCAAGAA